AUGAAUUCGAAUCGAGCAGAACAGGCUGUUUCCCCACUAUUAUCUACUGUAAAUAAUAAAGAAGAAAGAUACCAACCAAAGACAAUACAACAACAUAAUCGAGGAAGAUAUGCUUAUUUACCUAUAUUUCCAACAAAAUCUUUUGGUCCAAGUGAUGAUCUACUUUUAGCCAAUGUACCAGCUAGUAGUCUUACAGCAUAUGAAUUAGUUCAACGUCAACAAGGAGCCGAUACGAAUGAUGCAUUAACAAUGAUGAAUAAUUAUAUGUAUUCUGAUCCAGAAGGAUUUAGUUUAUCUGAACAAGAUGCGAACGAAUUAGCCAUACGUUUACAAGUAGGCAAAUCCAUCAUUACUUUUAAUGCUAAUCGACUUCGUAGCAUCUGUUAUACUUUUCUUGCAUUACAUAAAAGAUUUCGACGUAAGGUGCUUGAAAUGAACCAUAUAACUUUAGAUGAACCAGUACUUAAUUCAAAACACAUGGCCUUAGCACUUGAAUUCUAUCUGCAAAUAGAUGUGGACGUAUUUUAUAUGAAAACUUGUUCAUAUCGUGAAACUGCUGACUCUUAUUCUAUUGAUAACAUGAGUAAAGGUCUUUUCUAUGACAAAGAUGAAUUACAAACAAGAUACAACCUAAUUCCAUGUGAUAGUCUAUUUUGUUCAUGUUGUCAUCCACGAAAUACUACGAAAAGAAGUCAUUCAUGGUCAGUCAUUGAUUUUCAAUCAAGUUCAACACAUCAAUUUGUCAAUGGUUAUACGACUUAUCUCAAUUGGCCAGCUACAUGUGAUACAUCAAAUAUCAUCUAUGCUAUGACAUGUCCAUGUCAACAAUAUGAUUAUGUCGAAUCAACAGAAAAUACUUUGCAUGAUGCUAUGAAUUGUAUGUUAUUUCACAUGACUAUGAAUAUUGUUUUCAUUGCUGCUAAUAUAGAUCAUCGAAAACAUGGUAAUCGAAUUAUACAUGAAACGUUAACUGGUACUCGUCUAUAUCGAGGAUCAAUAGUUGAUCCUAUGGAGAAACAAAAAGAAAUAGCGAAUAAAAUGCGUCUCUAUCAACAUUCUGCUCAAUGUCCAAUAGCACUUCGUUCAUUUCUAGAUUGUAAUCCAGACUAUUGGUGUUUUGUUCCAAUACUUUGGGCAGAUGCAGUCACCGAGAAUAUUAUUUAUUUUCGAACAAGAUCAAGUACAAAUAAUUUAGAAGAAACUAAUAUUAGUGGAGUGACUGCUAUUGAUAAUCAAAGAGUACUUCAUUAUCUUGAGCAUGUACCACAACCACCAGCACCUUAUGACUUUUCCUAUCAACAACGACAAAAGCAACGUCAAUUUUUCGAACGAUUUCUUACAUCGCCAUUUUAUCAAUUGCCUUAUUCGCCAUUGGAUCUAUAUCGAAUAGCAAUUAUUGCCAUUUUACCAAAUGAUCGUUCGAUUAUAUUACGAUAUAUUAUUGAAACAUUAUUUAUUCUACAUGGUGAAACUAAAUUAAAUAUGAUUUGUCCACUUGGCGGUGAUCCUUAUCAACGUUAUGGUCCUCCUUAUAGUAGUGUGUGGUGUGCUAAUUUAAAUGAUAGUGGUUUACCAAGUGCUACGGCAAAAACCACGACAGUUUGA